AUGGCCACACAUUUAAACUCUUCAAGCUCCCGCCCACAAUUCACCAACCCCUGGUCAGACUCUCCAUCAACAAUAUCAGAGCCGUCUGUUCAUACCCCUGAUAGCCGGAUUGCACAUACGUUGACUGCUUGUACGCGGUGCAGACAUCGUAAAUCUAGGUGUGAUCCCGGAAUCCCUCGAUGCUCACCAUGCGAACGCGUCAACGCCAAGUGUGUCUUUUACGAUUCGGCGUCUCAAAGGACAUUAUCAAGGGAUCAUAUUGUCUCACUCCGAGAAAAAGCUCGUCGGUUAGAGAGCGAGCUUGCUGAAGUCGAGAGACAGUUUCAGCAUGCAGCGGACGCGGAGCUUAUGGUGCGCGGGGCAGGGCGCAUUCGCUUCAAGGAGAAUGACGAGUCGAGAUAUCUGGGACCUUCCAGCGGUAUUGCGAUCACGCGCCUCGUCAUGGAACUGGCCAAGCAAAAUACAGAUUCCAAAAGCAUCAAAGACGUCGUUCCUGAAAUGACAGCGCAGGAGAUAAAAGAUGCCUUUGCACAAGAGAGCUCCAAGCCAACGUCAAAGGUGUAUCCCAUGAUCAGUUCGACGCCGCAGCCUGCUUUACCGCCAAGGCACAUAACGUACAGACUUAUAGAUGUCUUUGUAGUCAAGGCCCAGGCAAUGCUUCCGACCUUGCACGAGCCUACCUUCCGCGAAGAAGCCGAAGAGGUGCUUAACGGGUCUAAUGAUCCCUGCCAUAAUUUUCAAUUACGCAUGGUGAUAGCCAUCAGCAUGCAAAAGAUGAGCACUGUUUACGCAGGCCUGGCGGACAGUUAUUACCUUGCGGCGCUGCCAUACUUGGAACCGUCGUUAAAACGAAUGGACCUUCGAUCUUUGCAAUGCCUUGCCCUGAUUGCUCAAUACUCCAUGCUCACGCCAACAAGGACAGCGGCAUAUUGGGUCGUAGGAAUGGCAGUCAAGCUAUGUCAAGACUUAGGGCUUACCGAUGAAGCGACCAUUACUCAAUCCCCCAGCGGGCAGACCUUGGACCCUCUCGAGAUUGAUAUGCGAAGAAGACUUUUCUGGAUUGUCAUAUCCAUGGAGUACGGUCUUUCCCAUAGCCUUGGUCGCCCAAAUUGCUACUCCGUUUGUCACGAUCACAUCAACGUCAAGUUCUUCGAGCCGGUGGAGGACAAGUAUAUCACUGCGGAUGGCUUCCUACCAGGAGCGAAAAUAAUCCUACCCAAGUGCAUAGCUAUUCACUUCCUGAAGAUGCGGCUGCUCCAAGCAGAGAUUCGACGGACGCUCUACCUGAAUAAGCGCGAUGUACCAGUCGACGACCAAGACCCAUGGUUUUCGCAAAUGCUUCAGAAGAUCGAUUACUGGGUAGCUUCGUGUCCCAAAAAUGAUGGGGGUAGUGGCUUGAGUCAAAAAUGGUUUCAUGGAAGACGAAACACGAUGAUUGUCUUUAUGUUUCGGCCUUCUCCCCAAGUGCCGGAGCCUUCCGUUGAGGCUGCGCGAAAAUGCUAUGAUGCGUCCGUAUUCAACGUAGCAAUGCAGAGAGAACAAAUCGCAACAGGAUCCGUUGAUUUGACAUGGAUUUUCACCCAGUCACUUUUCAUGGCCUUGAACACUAUCCUUUGGUCUCUCUCUUAUCCUGACAUUCGCAGAGAACACCCUAUUGACGAAGUCAAAGGUCACCUCGGCGUGGCCCUGGAGGCUAUUGUUCUUGCUGCACAGAGAUGGCCUGGUGUUGAAUCGGCCCUGGUACUCUAUAGGAGCCUGGUUGCUGCUUGCCUUCGCGCAUAUGCUACCGAAGAGUCUUUCGUCGUCCAUUCGCCGUCUAAUCAUGCAACUCCGUCAUCUUCGCAGGAUGUCACGACACCGCUAUCCGUCUCUAGCCCUGCAAGUACGUCGGCAUCGUUCCCCUCACAUGGAGCUCGUGCAGCGAAUUCUUCAAUCCCCGAAAGCAGCGUAUCGGGUGGCACGUUUUCGAGGGGACCUUCUGCAGACCCCUCAUUCUCCUUCUCCCAAGGGUCGACCUCAUCACCUAUUGCCACUGAAUCACUGAAGGCCGCGCAGCACCCAUCCUGGGAUGCUCAAAUCACUCCGCAAUCCGUAUCAACCACCACACAACCCUCAUUCAGUUCCCCCCAAUCCUACAAUGUACCGACACCUUCCUACGCAGACUUAUCGUUCGACCCGACAACUCCAUACAAUUCUUUCCCAUCCGUCGUUCCGGGUUUGCCAGGCUGGGAUCCCAAUUUCAAUUUAGCGUCCACGACGGCUAGUCAUCUAGCCUAUGUCGAUGCGACGGUCGAUCCCAUGAACUGGAUCGAGACGAUAGGAGAUCAAUAUUCCCAAUACACCAAUGGCGCUUACCCCAUGCCCCCGUGGCGAGGAAGGACGCUCAGCCACCAGGAGCAGAUGGAGCUGAUGGAAACGUUAGAAGAUAACAUUCCUGACGUUUCGGCGCAGUUAUUAGUGCAAGAAUCUGCAACAUUCUACCAAUCGUGACAUGUUGGUGGUUUUUGAAAGCUCUCUAUGAGGGCGUCUCGCUCUUCUUGAUUCGGUCAUAUCAGCGUGUUUCUUGAGCUUUGUACGGGCCAUCUUCAUCUGGUUUGUUUCUUCUUAUUGUGUUACCAUAAUAAUUUUGGAUUUAUGGAUCUCAAUAUACCCAAGGGUCAUCGUGUUGAGAAUUUGAUGAGGUUCAUCUGGGUGUUUGGAGCGAGUCGGUUCCGAUCACUAGUUCGGGAUUCAAGGGUUCAAUCAUUGGUUUUGGUAGAAGAGUAUAAGCCUAUUUUAUUUUGUCUUUAGGUGUUG